AUGAAUCUUGAUUUCACUGAAAACAGGAAUAUUUCCAUCCCAUCUUAUUUCUACAUCAGUGGUUUUUCUGGUAUACCUCACAUAAGAUACUAUUACAUAUUCUUGUUUUUUGUCUACAUUAUUUCUUUGGUUGGAAACUCCUGCCUCAUGUAUGUUAUUAUUUUAGACCGAAAUCUUCACACUCCUAAAUACAUUGCUGUCUUUAAUUUAUCACUGACAGACAUUUGUGAGAGUACUGCUGUGAUCCCUCAGCUACUGGAUACAUUUUUGUUUGGGAAUCAGCUGAUGCCGUAUGGACUGUGCUUGAGUAAUAUGUUCUCUGUCUUUGUGUCUAUUUCAACACAGUCCUUAACUCUUGCUGUUUUGUCUUUUGACAGAUUAGUGGCUAUUUGUUUGCCACUGAGGUAUCAUAUGAUUGUGACUCACAGAUCAAUGCUUUUUAUAAUUGGAGUCACGUGGGCAGUGGCACUGCUUAUGUUAAUCGCUGCUACAAUUUUCAUCAGCAGACUUUCUUUCUGUAGAGUGAUUGUCAUCAUAAAUAGUUUCUACUGUGAUCAUGGGCCUAUAUAUCGUUCUGCCUGUAGCAAUAAUUUCCCAAGCUCUGUGAUAGCCAAUUUGUACCCGAUACUAAUUCUUGGCUUUCCAGUAUUUUUUAUUAUCUUUUCAUAUACAUGCAUAGCUGUGACAUUGUUCAGAAUCACAACCCCCCAAGACCGUCAAAGAGCCACAAAGACAUGUACUGCUCAUUUAAUAUUAGUGGCUAUAUUUUAUGUGCCCAUCACUUUUACAUAUGCUCUUUCUUCAAUUAUAAACACUAACACAAGGAUCAUUAAUCUCUCUUUGACCUCUGCACUUCCUCCGAUGCUUAACCCAAUAAUCUACACAUUAAAGACAGAGGAGUUUAUGGUCUCUUUGAAAAGGCUUCUUAAACGGAGAAUCAUAUUCCCAUCUCCAAAAUGAACACUU